GGUGUGAACGAGUGCAGCUAUAGCAACCCGACUGGUGUAGUUGUUAGGUGACAUUAGGACGCGUAGUAAAGGACUGUGGGCAACUGCUUUCGCAAUCUGGCUCUGCGUCAGGAUUCAUCUCAAAGCAACGCCGUCAUGGACGAAGCGGAGGAUGGCGAUGAAGACCACAAAGAGACUCGCAGGGGCGACAACCUUGACUCUUCCUCCAAGAUGAAGAAUGUGACGCCAGGAGGGGGAGCAACAGCAGCGGCGAGCAGGAUCUCCUACAACAAGGACUUCGCCUCCGUCUCCUCUGGACGCAGCACGGAAUCCACCGCGCUCCUCUGCCACGGAGAUGUUUCCAGCGACAAGAGCGGGUUUGACGGCGAGGAUGGCACCGGAAUGAGAUGCGUAAUCAACGGAGACUGCCGAAGAGACGAGAGCUUGUCCUCAACCCUCUCCAAGCAGGAGAAGCAGACAGGUGGAGGCUUCCCAGCAUCUGCAUGUCACUCCAGCACCUCCAGCAUGGACGGCUCGGUCACUCCUGCCCCGACCGCCGCUGCUCCUCCCGCUGAGAAGGACUCCAGAGUUUCCUUCUCCAGCGCUCCAGCGGCCCACGGACCGACCUCGAACCAGCAGCAGCAGCCGGGCAGUUCUGUCAGCUUUCCCAAGUCUGAGGAUGGCCAGAUCACGGCAGAUGAUGCGGAAGCCAGGGACAAUCAAACUUACAUGCAGAGGCAGUUUAGCUCCAUGCUACAGCCGGGGGUCAACAAAUUCUCACUGCGUAUGUUUGGGAGUCAAAAGGCAGUGGAGAAGGAGCAGGAGCGAGUCAAAUCCGCUGGCAAUUGGAUUAUUCAUCCGUACAGUGAUUUCAGGUUCUACUGGGAUUUCACAAUGCUAAUGUUUAUGGUGGGCAACUUGAUUAUCAUUCCUGUGGGCAUCACCUUCUUUAAGGAGGAAACCACCACCCCUUGGAUUAUCUUCAACGUUGUGUCCGACACGUUCUUCCUCAUGGACCUGGUACUGAACUUCCGCACAGGCAUAGUCUAUGAAGACAACACUGAGAUAAUACUGGACCCUGAAAAGAUCAAGAAGACGUACCUGAAGACAUGGUUUGUGGUGGACUUUGUCUCGUCCAUCCCAGUGGAUUAUAUCUUUUUCAUCGUAGAGAAAGGCAUUGACUCUGAGGUUUACAAGACGGCCAGAGCGUUGCGGAUUGUGCGUUUCACCAAGAUCCUCAGUUUACUGCGACUUCUUAGACUAUCCAGACUGAUUCGUUACAUCCAUCAAUGGGAAGAGAUCUUUCACAUGACCUAUGACCUGGCCAGUGCGGUGAUGCGCAUCUUCAAUCUGAUUGGCAUGAUGCUGCUUUUGUGCCACUGGGAUGGCUGUCUGCAGUUCUUGGUGCCCAUGUUGCAGGACUUCCCUUCAGACUGUUGGGUGUCUCUUAACAAGAUGGUGAACGACUCCUGGAGCGAGCUGUACUCGUUUGCCCUGUUCAAGGCCAUGAGCCAUAUGCUGUGUAUUGGGUACGGACGCCAGGCCCCUGAGAGUAUGUCUGAUAUCUGGUUGACCAUGCUGAGUAUGAUUGUAGGAGCCACCUGCUACGCCAUGUUCAUUGGCCACGCCACCGCCCUCAUACAGUCGCUGGACUCUUCCCGGCGCCAGUACCAGGAUAAGUACAAGCAAGUUGAGCAGUACAUGUCUUUCCACAAACUUCCGGCUGACUUCCGACAGAAGAUCCAUGAUUACUAUGAGCACAGAUACCAGGGCAAGAUGUUCGACGAGGAAAGCAUUUUGGAAGAACUGAACGAGCCGUUACGAGAGGAAAUUGUCAACUUCAACUGCCGGAAGCUGGUGGCGUCCAUGCCGCUCUUCGCCAAUGCAGAUCCCAACUUUGUGACAGCAAUGCUAACUAAACUCCGCUUCGAGGUCUUCCAACCAGGAGAUUACAUCAUUCGUGAAGGAACCAUCGGCAAGAAGAUGUACUUCAUUCAGCAUGGCGUAGUCAGCGUACUGACCAAAGGGAGUAUUGGCAUGAAGCUCUCUGACGGCUCCUACUUUGGGGAGAUCUGCCUGUUGACCCGUGGAAGACGAACCGCCAGUGUGCGAGCGGACACCUACUGCCGACUAUACUCGCUCUCUGUGGACAACUUCAAUGAAGUACUGGAGGAGUAUCCAAUGAUGAGGAGAGCAUUUGAGACAGUAGCCAUUGACCGCCUUGAUCGAAUAGGCAAGAAGAACUCCAUCCUGAUGCACAAAGUACAACAUGAUCUUAACUCUGGCGUCUUCAACAACCGUGAGAACGAAAUGAUCCAGGAGAUUGUGAAGUACGAUCGGGAAAUGGUUAAACUGGUUAAACAAGGGGACAUGCAAAGGCCCAGGGCCAUGUCCAUGACUCUUUCAACUCACGGGAACAUGUUUGCACCUUCUAGUCAACCCUCUACAAGUUCUGCCAUUGCUAGCCUUCAGCAGGCUGUUGCCAUGAGCUUCUUUCCCCAGAUGGGCAACCCUCUAGUGGGUUCUGGGGCGGUCCAGUCUCCCCGCAUGGUUCGGCGCUUCCAGGUGGUCCAGAGCCAGACACCCCCAGGCUCCCAGUACUCCACCUUAGCCCUCGCCUCUGCCCUUGCAAGCACACCUGUCCACAGCCCUCUGGCAACUGCUGGUCGAAUGUUCCAGUAUGGUUCUAGCCCCCCAGGUGCACCCUCAGGCUCCCAGUUAUCCCUUGUACAGCAACACGUCCCCAGUCCCACACAUCGACCUCCAGUCCCCAGGAGCACUCUAAGCCAGGACGCCCGAGUCCUAUCCACCUCCCAGCCGUCCCUACCCCAUGACAUGGUGCAGCCAGUUGCCCCAAGCCCUCCUCAGUCCACCAGAGUCUCCUCCACUUCCAUCGGUCCCCCUCAGAACCUCCCAGGCCCUGCUGGUCUUAGAGGAAGUAUCCCACCAAGAAUGGCACUACCCCAUCAAAUGUCUGUAGGUGCAUUUCCUCCUGCCUCCCUCCCUCAGAUGAGACCUAGCUUGGAUUCAGGACUGCCCAAGAAGGAUUCAAUAAUCAGUCUCCCAGAAACUGAACCACAUCACAUCAGAUCUAGAUUAUCGUCGAAUUUGUGACCACAAUAGAGUUGGUGGGCUCUGUCUGGGUCAGGAAUGUGUGGACUCUCCUUCACCAAGUACUAUUCCUGACCCCCUGUCACACCUUUGAAAUUUACUCUCAGAAUGUAUGUGGUGUGACUGGCCACAAGGGCAAACAAACGAUAGAGACUUUAUAGUAUAAAAUUAACAUGUCUGUAUCAUUCUUACCACGAUUGGAACUUUUCCAUUUUACCUAUGAUAUAAACAUCAAUGUAGCUUCCACCCUCACAAUUUGCCUCUUUGAAAUGGUUUUCUUUAUUGUAGCUGUUCACAAAGAUUACAAAUGUACCACUCCCUUUUAUAUACUGUAGUUCAAACGAUAUGUGUCUGAAUACCGGUACUUAGCAGUUUGCUUCUGAUCACAAUGUAGGAACUUACUCCCUUUUCUCAACAUGACAAUAGAUAUUUACCCUAUAAUGCACAAUAUUAGAAUUGUUCUAGAAAAAAUUUAUUCAAUGGCUCGAGAGUCCCAAAUCGGUUUCGAAACGGGAUGUGUUCUUACUGGAACUGCUGUCCAUGUGUUUGUCUUAUUCCUUCAGACCAAAGUUGGGCCAAAGGAAAAUGUUAACAUGAGAUGACAUGUAGGUGUGUUAAAUGAAAUGAAAGGAUAAAAACAAAUAUAAUUUCAUUGCCUUGAUUUUGACUAGAAAUACUGUGUGUGUUUUUCUUAGCUGUCCCAAAACAGAGCACAUUUCACUUAAUUUAGCGUUGGGACAAUUAAAUGAAUCAACAGUUUCCUAAUUAAGGUUCAUGGAAGUGAAUACCACAAAUUUCAAGCUAAUUAUGCUGCUGAAGUAUGAAGUUUAAUGACAGGGAGACUCAUUUGCCCUUAUCUGGUGCAUUCAAAUGCAUUUAAGUCUUAAUUACAAAGGACUUAAGUAGCUUUGUUCUCAAAGGUCAGGUUUCAUAAUUAAUGAACUAUUUAUUUCAAAGAUUGUGGCUUUGUCCUGUUUGUGAAAGUCGCCCUCCUUCACAAAUAAAGCGCAUGAAUAUGACUUAAUGUUCAAAGCCUAAGCAGUUGAGGGGGACUGCACAUUUUAGAAAGCUAGUGAGGUUAAGCGAGUGAGUACAUUGACGGUGAUUACUCCCCUCCUCUGAAAUGUGACGCGAUCCAUCAGGCGACGACGAGUCGCUCCACUAUCGGUUGUUUUGGAGCACUAAAUAACUCGCUCGCCAUGG